AUGAAUUCAAAAGUCAAUUCGCUGGAGGAAAAAGUAAAACUGCCGCCCACGGAGACAAUAAGCCGCUGUUAUCAGCCGCAGCAGAAUAAUCGAAAGGUCAUCCGAAUUUUAACGGUGGCCGUCUAUGUGCUUUGCGUCUCAUUGGCUGCCAUAAUGCUCUCCCUAUAUUAUAUAUUCAUAUGGGAUCCAACUAUACGACCGUUCGUUACGAAGGGCAAUCACUGCGACAAAAUUGUGAUACCCGAAAAAAUUGCUAUACGCCUCCUAAACUCAUCGGAAGUCACCGCAGAGCAGUUCUAUAAGCACAUCCUGGACCAGUACCGCCUACUGAACCAUCGCCAGCACCUGCUACAGAAACAGCAUCUACAACUGCAACACCUGGACGCGACCAAUCGUUUUCAGGAAAUAUUUGCCACGGCCACCAUCAUACAGGCGCACCCGCCUCCACGUCUCUCGGACACCUACAAUAAGCCACUGGGGCCCCCGUUGAACAGCAGCUAUCGCGUCGAGUCGCCAGCACUAGCACCAGCACGUGCCAACAAUAAUGAGGCGACUCUAAUGAACGCUGUGCCCCUAAUGCUGGACACAUCGCCGCCCAUUGUCAGCUCCGGGAAUAUGGCGCAUCUGAAACGUAAGACGCAUCGUGGCCACAACAAACGUCAUCGUCUAAGGGGCAGCAAUGCCUCUGUCGCCGGCGCCGCUCAAAGCCAUCAGAAGAAGUUGGUAUCUGGAGCGGUAUUCGGCGCAUCCAGCACGCCAAACCCACUUGGAGAGCAGCAACAGCAGCAGUUCUCCACAGCCAUUGUGCCACACAACUAUAUGGAUGCGCCACUAAAUCCCGCUGCCGGCACCAUAGUUCAGCAGCCCAUGCAACUUUACACGUCCAUGCCCAUACCGCUGAUCCUGAGCUCAAGUGAUGAGAAGAGGUCAAGUCAUCAUGCGCAUGGGGAGAAGCGAAGCAAUGCGCAGGCGCGACGACGCACCACCACAGCAACUGUGUCCGGUUACGAUGCGCAGACAUACCUCAAUCCGUUCCUAACCGGCGAGCUGAUUUUCGAGAAAUAAGUCCAAAUCCAUUUCAUAGCCAGCCAAAUAUGAGUAGUUAAUACCAAAGACAAUGGGUUCCCACAAUAUUUGCAGGAAUUAAUUGGAACUCUGUCAUAUCACACACUUACACACACUCUCUCACAUACACAGACAAACACAAUAUUUAAGGUAUGGUCAGACAAGCAAAUAAUUUGCAUCCAAAUAUUUCGAAAUUUCACAACUAUGUCACGAGUAUAAUCCACUAUUCUGAUUUGGGAUUCACUUUUCAAGACCUAAUUGGAAAAUAACAAAAAUUUGUGCGCAAAUUAUUUGCAUUUGUGACCGCACACACACUUUCAAAACUUUGGCCGAAUAUAUGCAAAACAAAUUCGUUGGCAAAGAUCACAAAUAGCUCCUUAUAAAGGUACAAUAUAUAGAUAAAUAUUAAUGUGUGCAGGACUUACAACAAAUACAAUACAUAAAAUAUACCUAUAGAGCCGAACUUCUCCUGGAACUAACUCGGAACAACAACAAAACGAAGACUAUAAAAGCCCGAACGAACAAUUUGUAGAAAAUUUAAAAGUACAUAUUCAAAAUAUGUUCAACUUUCUAGAGAACGGAUUAUUUAAGAACAGUUCUUUGGAUCAUCAAAAAAUGUUUUAACGAUAUUUUAAUUCUCCAAAUUCCACCAUUUCAUUGCAUUUCAAAAUCACAUGUUUCGGGCUACAUUAGAAAAUUAUAAAAUGCAUUUAAUUGGGCAAUCAGAUAUACGAAACGAACCCAAAAUUCCCCAAUCGAAAUCGCCGCCUUGGAGAAGUUCAGCUUCAUAAUACUAUAUCCAUGAGAUUCGUGUAGAAAAAAAACAAAUUAUUCUAAAUGUAUACCAAGCAAAGAAAAUUCCUUUUAGUCGAAUAUGUAUUGAUCGUAUUUAAACUAUAUAUACAUAUAUACGUAUAUAUAUAUAUAUAUAUAUAUAGCUAAGAUGAUGUUAUUUAAGUAUAUGGGACCCACACCACUAAACCAAAACCAACAAAAUAUACUACAUCCUGCGGCAAGCAAACACCCACCUAGGACACUGCUUUAAGGCAGCUAGCAAAUGCUAAUUAACUAACUUAGCAAUACACUAUUCAAUACUACCACAAACUACCAGUUACCAAUAAAACGCAUGCCACACCCCCCUCCCAACACCAUAAGCAUCACAAACUAAACGAAUACUCUACACAGUUCAGAGCACAGGAAUAGCGGGUUCGGUUUAGCAAUUCUCAAUUAUUGAAAAACUAAUAACCAAGCGAAAUUUUUACAAAACAAAAAAGUAAAAAUUAUAAAAAUAGCAUACAGGUACACACACUCUAUACAUGAGAAUUGAACUCAAUAAUAAUAACAAUAAUAAUAAAAAUAAAAAUAAUAAUUAUAUAAAUGCAUAUGUAUAUGGAAUAUUUAUAAAUGAAAUUGUUGAGCAUAUAUAAGACAUACCAUAAACAUAAAUAUUAUACACACAUACGAGUAUAUACAUUCAUAUAUAUACUAUAUAUAUAUACCAAGAAUAAAAAGUAAUUUUGGUAAUAAAACUCAACAAUAGAACAAAACCAAAUUCAAGCAAA